CCUGCCUUUUGUCAACCGAACUGAUUUGAAUUCAGGUCAGAGAUUUCCUUCCUGGUGUUUGAGAUGCGAAGGCGCGCGUUGAGGGAUGCGUCGGGAUCCAUCCAGGUCUGUUUCUCCCCCUCAGCCCCUCAGUCUCUGUUGCUGGAUCUGGUUCCUGUUAGCGUCUCACACGUGCUCCGAUUGGCUUGGGGUGCAGGACUGCGGUUUUCACCACACCCCGUGAUAAAUCCCGUUCUAGGUAUUUCCCUGUGAGAGCCUCCGGAGCGCACUGGCGGGACCGCGCGCGCAGCGUUCACGGCUCUUUCUUUCUUUCUUUUUUUAAAUGAGUGUUUUAAAAACUUUUGUCUGCUCUUUAUACUCUUUUUGAACGUUUUACAAUCUGAAAGGACCUUUUUAAAAAGCAGAGGAUAGGCCCAGAAACUGAUUUAUUUAUUUAUUUAUUUUUGGAGCGCGUAAAAACGCACGGAGCGCUCCAUGGCGCACAUGAUCUGCAGGCUGCUGGCGGGCAGCGCGGCCAGCUGCGCGGGCUGGGUCUGUCUCAUCGUCGCCACGGCAACCAACGACUGGGUCCGGACCUGCGACUACUCGGUGAACACGUGCGUGCGCAUGGAUGAGCUGGGCUCGCGGGGCCUCUGGGCCGAGUGCGUCGUCUCCACGUCGCUUUACCACUGCGUGGCGCUCAACCAGAUCUUCUCUCUGCCAGCCUUCCUGCAGACGUGCCGGGCUCUGAUGAUCAUCGCAUGUCUUCUGGGUCUGCCGGCGAUGCUGCUGGCCGUCACCUCCAUGGCCUGCGUGCGCCUGCCCAACGACACGGCCGUCGCCAAGAAGCGCCGCGCCAUCAUGGGAGGCGUCUUCUACCUCCUCAUGGCUGCGUGCGGCAUCGUCGCCACCGUCUGGUUCCCCAUCGGCUCCAACAAACAGGAGCACCUGAUGUCCUUCGGCUUCUCCCUGUACACUGGCUGGGUCGGGUCUGGGCUCUGCCUCCUGGGCGGCAUCGUGGUCCUGUGCUGCCGACCCGCGGACAUGGGCGUCCCGUCCAGGGACAACAGCUUCUACUACUCCAAACAGGGGGGCACGGCCACGCCGCUGGACCCCCCCGCCAACCACGCCCGGAGUGUGCGGGUGUGAUGGAGCCCAGUUUUCCUUCUGCGCUCAGCUGAUUCAACUCCCACUUAAAACGGGUUUGAGCUCGAGUUUCUUCGUUCAGGUUGAGGAUGAACAUAAUAUGGAAACUUCACUUGAUAUAAAAUAGUUGUCUUUAAUUUGAAGUUCCCAGGAAAUGGCUGACAGAAAGCUGUUUCCUCACACGUGACACAUUUAAUGUUGAUUUAGACACUUCUAAAGUAGUUAGCCUUUAAACUAAACCUUUAGUAAUCUGGACACGUAUAUAACCACCAUAACCACGUUUCUGCUACCGAUUCAGAGCCAAGCGUAGGAGGAGGGUUUUUAUUUUAUUUACUUUCUGUCUCUUCUUAUUAACUACAUUUAUGUUUGACGGUACGGAAAUGUGUUUCCUUCACUUGGAAAAAAUAAAAAAGCUCGGUUUUUCAUGUAUUUUUUUUUUCAGUUUCUUGUGGUGUUUUUUCCGCUCUGUUUUUCAGUGUAUGUGGAUGUUGUGUUGAACUUAUUAUUGUUUGUUAUAUUCACGCAUGAUGGAAGUUUUCCCAGUGUUGUGUACACCAUGCUUUUAUUGUGAAAUAACUUCCGGUCUGACUGCCACGCGGACAUUUUAUGUUAAGUUUUUUUACAACGCUCUCUGUGUAAGUUUACAAUUAUAAAAUAUGUACCACGGUAAUUCUGAUGUUGUUUCCAGUGUCUUGAGAAGUAAAUAAAUACUACGUAGCAGAUGAAGACGGUGUGAUCCUUCUUCAAUAUGGCCAAUGAAGCUGAAAGCGUAGCAGGCGGCGUAUGGGCGGGAAAAAUUACCUCGAGAACAGGGCAAAAAAAAUAAAAUACCACGAAAAACAGAAAAAAUGAUCCUGAAAAACAAAGCUUUUUUUCCCAAAUUGAAUGCAACAAACUUCCGUAGGACAGAAACACAGAAGCACAUAAUUAUUUUACGAUUUUCCCGACUUACAAACGCACCAAAAAACGUUGGUCGCUAAAUAUUGGAGAUGAACGCUGGUUUGAAAUAGUUUUCAAGUCGUUUUAACUGCUCCACAGUUCGGCAGCACUCUUGGAAUGGUUGAGUUACGCUACAAGGCUACGAGUUGGCUACGAGUUGGCUACGUUAGCCAUUAGCUCCCGGGACACGGUGGCUCUGAUUCACCGUCGUCUUUUGUUUGCAGCGGAGCAGUCACGUUGGUUCAGUCUCAACGUCUGAAGCAAACAGAUCAGUUCAGUUACUGAUUCGUUUCAGGGACUUUUUUCAUCACGUAUGAACCACGAUGCCACUUCGCGGGCGGGUCGGGCCGACGGCGGGAGCAGGAGCCACUUUUCCGGGGCUGGUCUGAUUCAUGUGUUUAAGAUCAUUAAAACAUGACCCUCUACUGUAUAAUCCUGCACAAUCAAGCUGUUUUAUGUUCCACUGUCAUUUUUACAUGUUUUAACUUUUUUCAUAUUUACAGCAUAAUCAGUGCUUAAUC